AUGGAAUCGGCUGACUGCGUGUCUGACUCCAACAUGGCACCAACGGCCUCCCAACCAGACUCUUCUCUGUCAAAUCCAGCACCAUCCGAUGGAUCAUCCUAUACAGCAAACCCAGACAUCAAGGAAAUGCUCCAAAACUUACCCUCUCAGAGGUACCUGGCAUCAAUGCUAAAUAAGCUGGCAUCCUCCUUCCAGAUGAAAUUAGUGAGUCUGGGAUCUGACAUGCGACACAUAGGCCACAGGGUCCGUGACCUGGAGGACAACAGGGAUUUGAUCAAUACACAGAUCCAACACCUCUCCUCCGUGAUCGAGCAACAAACAUCUUACUUAGUCUCCAUGAUGCGCUCCCUAGACGAUGUGGAUUAUCGCGGACGCAGAAAUAACCUUAAGGUCCAAAGCCUUCCGGACACUUCCAGCACAAACUUACCUGCUAUGCUCUACAAGCUCUUUAACCUCAUACUGGGCAAAGCGCCAGAAGUACCUGUCAACUUAGACAGGGCUCACCGUUUGCUGCGCCCCAGGAGCUCCAACUCAGAAGCACCAUGA